AAAUGUAGUAAUCUUACCGUUACAGUAAUGCGUCGGUUUGUAUAUUUGAUGAUCCGAUGCCGAAGAAUGCGCCAUUAUCUAUCUCCCCUGGUUGUGUUCUUCGCUUCCUAAUUAAGUCGGAAGCCUGCAUAGUGCAGUAGAAACUCGAUCGGUCGGUGAGAUGGCGGGGACGAGAGUUAGGUUUUGUCUUGCGUUGUUGAUGUUGGUGGCAUCGAUGGCGGCGUGGAUGAUGCCAUCUGCGGUUGCAGGAAGCAGGCCGCCCCCGAACUACGCAGAUGCACUGAGAAAGUGUUUGCUGUUCUAUGAAGGUCAGAGAUCCGGGAAGCUCCCACCCACGCAAAGAGUCACCUGGAGGAAGGACUCCGGCCUAAAAGAUGGGCAAGAUGCCGGUGUUGAUCUGGUGGGCGGGUACUAUGAUGCCGGCGAUAAUGUGAAGUUUGGCUUCCCCUUGGCGUUCACCGGCACCGUGUUGGCGUGGAGCAUCGUCGAGUUCUCGGCCGAGUUGGGUCCGGAGCUGUUCCACGCUCAUGAGGCUUUGCGGUGGCUUACGGACUACUUGCUGAAAGCCACCACCAAACCCAACAGGAUCUUCGUCCAAUCAGGCGAACCCUACAGUGAUCACAGCUGCUGGCAGAGGCCCGAGGACAUGGACACUCCUCGCCCAUCCUUCCAAGUGAACGAUACCCACCCAGGCUCCGAGGUCGCCGGCGAGACCGCCGCUGCACUGGCGGCUGCCUCCAUCGCUUUCAGAUCAUCCGAUCCUGCCUAUGCCAACACGCUGCUGUCGAGAGCAAAACAGGUCUACGAUUUCGCUUACAGAUACCAGGGUUCAUAUGCCAACAGCAUAGGCCAAUGGGUGUGCCCGUUCUACUGUGAUUUCAGUGGCUAUGAGGAUGAGCUGGUGUGGGGAGCAGCAUGGUUAAACAGAGCUACCAACAGCUCAGAUUACACGAAGCAUAUCAUCCAUGGCAUUCGCAAGAUCCAGACGCAGGCGAAGCCUCGUGUUAAUGGCUACGACUCGCAGUUCUCAUGGGACAAUAAGGAUGCGGGAAACUACAUCCUCCUCCUACUGAUGCAGAAGACUGAUGAUGACUACAGUAAAUACGCCCAGAACUUUGCAUGUUCACUGCUGCCACAGUCUCCCUACAAGUCCACCGAAUAUACUCCAGGCGGUCUCAUACACAGGGCGUCGAUGGCCAACACGCAGGCCGUCACAGCUGUCUCAUUUCUUCUCCUCGUUUAUGGUCGGCAUCUCAGAAAUGUCAAAGGAACUGUUACGUGUGGUAACUCCCAAUUUCCCCCCUCAGCGCUUAUAGAUCUCGCCAAAAGACAGGUGGACUACAUCCUCGGAGAUAACCCACUAAAUAUGUCGUACAUGGUGGGCUACGGCAACAAGUUUCCUCAGAGAAUCCACCACAGAGCUGCCUCUGUUCCCUCUGUUGACCAACACCCACAGCACCUCUAUUGCAAGGACGGGACACCGUACUACGUCACCAACGCCCCCAACCCCAACUUGCUUGUCGGAGCCAUCGCCGGUGGACCAAAUGAUGGAACAGAUAACUAUUUGGACUACAGACCAUGGUCGAACCAAUCCGAACCUGCCACGUACGUCAACGCGCCCUUCGUGGGUCUAUUGGCUUACUUCAGCAGACAUAGAUGAUUCCUUUGUACAUAACUUCCUUUGUGGAAAGCCACUA